GGUUAGAGGGCAGGAGCCGACUCUCGGUAAGGACAUUGGUCAGUCAUUAACACAAUUUAAACACAACCUCCACCAUCCCAGCUCUUUAUUAUUCAGCACAUCUUCUCUGAGGAGGACACUCUGGUGGACUGUUCGGUGGUCAGAUCUAUGAUCUGCGACCAUGGCGAGGACGCUUUUCCUCUGCUUUGUGAUGAUCUUCCUUUGGGCUUCACCCGCUGGCUGUAUGUCAGAAACGAAUCAGUUUUUCACAGCCCUCCGAAAGCCCACAUGCUCCUGCGCUCCAAACGAGCCAACAGCUUUCUGGAAGAAAUCAAGCCUGCAUCUUUGGAGCGAGAGUGUAUAGAGGAGCGCUGUGACUUCGAGGAAGCUAGAGAGAUCUACCAGACCAGAGAGGCCACGUUAAAGUUCUGGACGAUAUAUACAGACGGGAACCAGUGCAUCCCGAAUGCCUGCGAGAACGGGGUUUGUGUGGAUCAGUUCCAGAAGUACAUUUGCUCCUGUAACCUCGGUUUUGAAGGAAAACGCUGUCACAUAGUUAGCUCACACACCAACUGCUCGCUGGAAAACGGAGGCUGUGACCACAACUGCCACGAGAUGAAAGACAAAACCGGACGCUACUGCAGCUGUAUUGACGGAUACACGCUCCAUGAAGACUCCAAACAGUGCCUUCCAAAAAAUGAGCAAUCAUGCGGUCAGAUUCUGAUCGCUAAAUCGUCCUACAGUUCGAAGCCUUUUGUGGGUCUACAACCUUGGAUCAUGGGUGGUGAAGUUGGAAAAAGAGGAGAGAGUCCUUGGCAGGCUCUAAUCUUGAACGCCAAUGGACAUUUUCACUGCGGCGGCGUCUUGCUUGAUGAAGUCUGGGUUCUUACGGCGGCUCACUGUCUCGAGGGAUACACCCUCUUCGCUGUCCGACUGGGUGACUACAGACGUUUAGAGUUCGAAGGAUCCGAGGUCACUCUUCGUGUGGUGAAAAUCGUCCCCCAUCCAAAAUACAACAGAGCGACAAUGGACAACGACAUCGCUCUGCUGCGCUUGAAGAUGCCCAUAACGUUCGGCACGUACAUCGUCCCCGCGUGUCUGCCGAGUCAAGACCUGGCCGAGCGCGUGCUCCACCUUAACGGCACCAUGACGGUGGUGACUGGCUGGGGCAAAGAAAAAGAUGCGCCGUACAGCUCGGAUCUCAAACACAUCAAGGUGCCACUGAUGGAGCAAUCCGUGUGCGCGCAAUACAUGUUCAACAAUCUGACGGAGAACGUUCUGUGCGCCGGCAGCAUCGGGAGCACUGAGGAUGCGUGCAAGGGUGACAGCGGCGGUCCCAUGAUGACGCUGUACCGCAACACCUGGUUCCUCAUCGGCCUUGUAUCCUGGGGAGAGGGCUGUGGCCGAACGGACAAACUGGGCAUCUAUACCAAAGUCUCUAAUUAUCUGGAAUGGAUCGAUAGUGUGAUGAAGGAGCGUUGACGGAAUCCAAUGGUUCCCAGAUUUAGUUACGUCUUUAGUUACGUAUAGACAGGAGAACCUUUUCGAAGACGCUAAUUAGACUCUCAGACAUUUCUAUUAGGAAUCAUUAAGCCCUUUUUGGAUGGGGGUUCAACUGGAGUAACUCCAUGAUUUUAUUUCCGUCCAGAUCGGUCAUGUCUCCCUCGUCUUCUCAGAACAUUAAACGCCAAAUGACCUACAAAACCAACAAUCUCCAAAUUAACAAAUAUUCUCCAUUAAAAUACCUUCAAGUUUUUGUAAAUAAUUUUCUUUUAAAUAAUAAGUAAUGAAUAACCAUGUGUAAUCUGGUUUCCCAUCAUUAACUAGUGAAGAACAACACAGUAACACAUCAGUUAUUAGCAAUGACGUUCACUUUAUUGUUUAAAGUUAUAUGUGUUAUUAAAAAAAAACAUUCUUAAGUGAUUCAUACAAAACAAGGCUGAGAAAUAAAUUUAGAAAUAUAUUCUAAUUAAUAAAAAAGAUUAAUAAUUAAAUAAGAAUUGUUGUAUUAGAUAAAAACAAGAAACAUUCACUUUUAUCAAUCUAUAAUAAAAAAAAUUAUAAUUUUAUU